AUGGCGACAGAAGAGGACAAAACUACUAUCGGGAUUGACCUUGGGACUAGCUUUUCUUGUGUUGGUGUUUAUAUAAAUGGUCAUGUUGAAAUCAUACCCAAUGAUCAAGGAAACCGUACCACGCCAUCAUGGGUGGCUUUCACAGACUCUGACAGGCUUAUCGGCGAGGCUGCAAAGAAUCAGGCAUCUCUAAAUGCCAACAGGACCAUCUUUCAUGUUAAGAAACUUAUUGGGAGAAAAUUUGAAGACAAAGAGGUUCAAGGACUCAUGAAAGUCGUUCCAUACAAAAUUAUGAACAAAGACGGGAAGCCUUAUAUCCAAGUUGAAAUCAAGGAUGGGGAAACCGAGGUUUUCAGUCCUAAAGAGAUUACUGCGAUGAUUAUCACCAAAAUGAAGGAGACAGCCGAAGCAUUCCUUAGGAAGAGAAUUACUGAAGCUGUUGUCUCAGUUCCUUUAUCCUUCAGCGAUGAACAAAGGCAGGCUACCAUGGAUGCUUGUUUGAUUGCUGGUUUCAAAGACGUAUCACUGAUUCUCGAACCUGCGGCUCUUGUUCGUGCAUAUGGUCUUGUUCGUGAAUAUGUUUUUGUAUACGGUCAGCAUAAUAAGGAUGAUGAGGAAAAGAACAUUGUUGUUAUUGACCUGGUUGAUGGGAAAUGUGAUGUUACUAUCUUGGGAGUCGAAGUAUGGUCUUAUUGA